AUGUCAGAACAGGACCCCUCUUCGAAACGCCAGCGAAUCAACCAAGCCUGUGAUCAGUGCCGCAAACGAAAGUCGAAAUGCGAUGGCGCCCAGCCUACUUGCUCAACGUGUGAUAAUCUGGGAAAGGUGUGCACGUACGGAACCCCUGUGAAGAAAAGAGGGCUGCCCACCGGCUAUGUCAGAGGCAUCGAAGCCUUGCUCGGGCUGUUCCAACAGUUUCUUCCCAACGGAGAGUACACGCUACGGAAGAUCUUGAGAGAGAACAUUGCGGGGCGAAUUGUCGACAGCGAAUAUCUGGACAACGCGUCGGACAUUUGGCGAUCUUCCGAUUUAGCGAAAGACUUUGACCAAUUGCUAAGCUCGGUGGACAACAACAUAGGAAGCAGAUUGACAUCAGAGACAGUUCAACUUCCAGAACUGCGAAAUGUCGACACAAUAAUCCAUCAACAACCGGGCGAGGUCAAUCUCUUUGAAAGACUAAAGUAUUGCGCGGAUCUGCCACCUCCGGAUUACCCGCCAAAUAUCCAAGAGAUUGUAGACUUUUAUUUUCAAACCACCCAUUGUUGGUUUCCGAUCGUCGAGCGUCGCAUGAUCCUGAAAGCCCUUUACCGCGACGACACGGGUAACAACGCUGAACGCGACUCGGACAACUACAGCCUUUGUUUGUGGGCGAUUGUGGGUUACACUUCGGCCAUCGCGUCUGAUCAAUUCGCCCGGUUCGAUGCAAUCCAUCUGAACAGCAUUCAGACAUAUCCACAGACUCCCGUCAGUGACAGAAAUUUGACCACUAAUCUGCCUCCUGACGAUACUACUGUCGAAAGAGAUGAUCUAGAUAUCAUUUUUGAAGACAUUGCAGCGAUGGUCUUGCCAAGGAGAUAUGAUGGCGAAAUCGCCGACUUUGCUCAAAACCUUGGUUUUCUUAGCAAUGAUCUCAACUUUGACUCUAUGGCUUUUCAGGGCACACAAGGUGGCUCUUGA